AUGGAGUGGGAUUCGAGGGGAAUUUAUAGUAAAUAUGCUCAAUCUAAUCCUAUAGGCACGAUAGAGGAGUUUCUCAUGAAUACGGGAAAAAUGGUGAUAGUGUUCCGCUUGCAUGCUCGAAUAUGUGCCGGCCCCAUGAUGCCGGUUCGGGUGUUUUCUAGGCCCACACGAUCUCAAACACACAAAUGUGAAAAUGCCGAGUACUCAGGUAUGGAUAUGGCACAGUAA